AUGGCUCGAAACCGGGACGAACAUCUCCCAUGGUCGCCAUAUCAGGGUGUACGAGAACUCACAAGCCUCGAGACUGAACAGGGAAACAUUGAACUCGAAUGUCUACCAGCUUUUCAGCAUAUGCCCCUGGACCUCGCACGUAAGAGUAUACGACUUCUGACAGUUCUACCAAGGCGAACAGGAGGUCCGAUCUGUGGCCAACUGAGUCACCUUUGCCUUCCUGAUAACGGUAGUGAUAUCAACUAUGUUGCUCUGUCCUAUGAAUGGGGCAGCAGAUCUGGACCCCGGCGUCUGAUCAAAAUCAACGGCGCAAAAUUCGAGAUACAGGAAAAUCUGUUCCACUUUCUUGAAUCUCACGGAGACGGCGGGAUCCCGAAUCUGUGGGUAGACGCCAUAUGUAUCGACCAGGACGAUGUCCGGGAAAAGAACCACCAAGUACAGCUUAUGAAAGACAUCUAUGGCAAGUCAUCGGAGGUGACGAUUUGGCUUGGGCCAGGGAACCCUGAGAGCGAUAGCCUCUUCGACUUUCUGAAUGGAGUCCCUGAACAAGAGCUGCAGUGUGCAUCUCUCAGCCAACCGCCACUACUCAAGGAGUCAGGGGAAUCAAAAACAGGACAAUGGUUUCUUGACGCGGGAGCUAAACGUUCACAGGCGGCUUACCAGUUGUGCCAAAGAACGUACUGGUCAAGAGCGUGGAUCGUGCAAGAAGCCCUCCUGGCCUGUAGCCUUGAGCUUGUCUGUGGUAACAAGCGAGUGUCUUGGACAAGAUGGGCCCGAUAUAUCAACUUGGUUGGUAACAUACCAGAAGACACAAUGGACCCGUUAUAUUGGCCUCAUAGAGGUUUCAUAUUGGGCAUCAGAUAUUCUAUGGCUUUUACCUUGUGUCAGCAGAGGAUAGCCAGGCUUGGGACCAUCGCUACGGAAGAUCUCGCUUUGCUUGUGCUGGCCUUUGCCGAAUCCGAGUGCUGGGAUAUACACGACAAAGUCUAUGCAUUCCUUGGACUGGCGUCGAACGGGAAGAAAAUUGCCAUCAAUUACCAAUGGCCGAUGGAGGGUCUCUUUGUAGCUGUCCUAGCAACCACCUCUGCAACUCUUUCAGAUCACGAUAUCUCUACCUUGCGCACGACUCUUGGAGUAGCCUCGACCUUUAUCGCUCGAGGUUUACGACUUGAUACAGAUGCCCCGUUGGAGUUUCCAGUACCAGUUGAAGAGACAUCCCCCGUCUGGAAGGCCAAGUUGAUAGGUGAGGGGACCGCAUUUUCGCUUUCUUCAAGAAUAUCGAUGCGGUUUGAUGAGCGUGUCUGGGGCGAGGCGCAAAAGAACACUCCGCGCGGAAGAAAGUUGCUGUUGUUAGCUCUUCCCGUGAAGGAGGAUGACAAGCACCAAACGUACCUGCUGUUGGGUGGCUCUGGUAAAUAUGUGGCCACCGGGACUUUGCAAAUCCUGGGCGGAGCAUCCAACAGUUUCUGGUCCGACAUGAUCAUCUUGUACGACCCCCCUGUGUCCAUCAACGUGCGUUGGGGGAUACAGAUCAGACCCGAAGUGCAAGACUCUGUUUUGGCUGCUUUGAGGAUGCACGAUGUCUUGCCGAGCGAAGCUGCUGCAGUGUUGGGCAUCAUGAGAGAUUGA